UUAUUGUUAAAUGCUUAAAUCUUUCAGUUUUUCACAGUUAUGUCAAAGCCUUUAAAAAAUUUAUAGUUAAGUGCUUGAAUUGACUUCAGAGUUCUGACUGCCUUGGAACAAAAAGAUUAAAUUUUUUAAAAAGUUGAAUUUAUUCACUUUGACUUCUAGUUUCAAAACUGAUGGAACUCAAAAGUCUAGUUUUGAACAGUGUGCCUUUAAAUUGCAAAAUGUAAAUAUUUAGUUUAUAUUUUUCUUAUGUUUGUAUUAAUGUUUAUAAGUUGAUCAGUUACCAAACCCUUGAGUUCUGUGAGUCUAAAUAAAAUUUUGCAUUAAAGGCACAAAAAGAAGCUGAUAAGGCUGUGAGCUUUUAAUGUAAACUUUGUGAAAUGAUAGGUAAUGGGUUUUUGUUUUUGUUUUUUAAUCAGUGACUUUUUUGAACGAACCAUUCUGUGCAACAGCCUUGUGUGGAGUUGUGCUGUGACGGGUAGACCUGGACUGACAUAUCAGGAAGCACUUGAGUCAGAAAAAAAAGCAAGACAGAAUCUUCAGAGUUUUCCAGAACCACUAAUUAUUCCAGUUUUAUACUUGACCAACCUUACCCAUCGUUCACGCUUACAUGAAAUUUGUGAUGAUAUCUUUGCAUAUGUCAAGGAUCGCUAUUUUGUUGAAGAAACUGUGGAAGUCAUUAGGAACAAUGGUGCAAGGUUGCAGUGUAGGAUUUUGGAAGUCCUCCCUCCAUCACAUCAAAAUGGUUUUGCUAAUGGACAUGUUAACAGUAUGGAUGGAGAAACUAUUAUCAUCAGUGAUAGUGAUGAUUCAGAAACACAAAGCUGUUCUUUUCAAAAUGGGAAGAAAAAAGAGGCAAUUGACCCCUUACUUUUCAAGUAUAAGGUGCAACCCACUAAAAAAGAAUUACAUGAGUCUGCUAUUGUUAAAGCAACACAAAUCAGCCGGAGAAAACACAUAUUUUCUCGUGAUAAACUAAAGCUUUUUCUGAAGCAACACUGUGAACCACAAGAUGGAGUCAUUAAAAUAAAGGAAUCAUCUCUUUCAACGUACAAAAUAGCAGAACAAGAUUUUUCUUAUUUCUUCCCUGAUGAUCCACCCACAUUUAUCUUCAGUCCUGCUAAUAGACGAAGAGGGAGACCUCCCAAACGAAUACCUAUUAGUCUGGAGGACAAUAUUGCUAAUAAACAGAUUCUUGCAAGUUAUAGGAACAAAGCUACUAAAGAAAGAGAUAAACUUUUGAAACAAGAAGAAAUGAAGUCAUUGGCUUUUGAAAAGGCUAAAUUAAAAAGAGAAAAAGCAGAUGCCUUAGAAGCGAAGAAAAAAAAAAAAGAAGAUAAAGAGAAAAAGAGGGAAGAAUUGAAGAAAAUUGUUGAAGAGGAGAGACUAAAGAAAAAAGAAGAAAAAGAGAGGCUUAAAGUAGAAAGAGAAAAGGAAAGAGAGAAGUUACGUGAAGAAAAGCGAAAAUAUGUGGAAUACUUAAAACAAUGGAGUAAACCUAGAGAAGAUAUGGAAUGUGAUGACCUUAAGGAACUUCCAGAACCAACACCAGUGAAAACUAGACUACCUCCUGAAAUCUUUGGUGAUGCUCUGAUGGUUUUGGAGUUCCUUAAUGCAUUUGGGGAACUUUUUGAUCUUCAAGAUGAGUUUCCUGAUGGAGUGACCCUAGAAGUAUUAGAGGAAGCUCUUGUAGGAAAUGACAGUGAAGGCCCACUGUGUGAAUUGCUUUUUUUCUUCCUGACUGCAAUCUUCCAGGCGAUAGCUGAAGAAGAAGAGGAGGUAGCCAAAGAGCAACUAACUGACGCUGACACCAAAGGUCAGAGUUCAACGUUAUUGCUGAUUCAACCAUAUUUAGAUCUGACAGCUUUUACAUCAGAGUUAAGAAAACCUCGUUAUGCUGAGACCUGGGAUUUUCAUGUGUCAGCAUCUACCUUUUUGCAGUUUGAAAUGAGCAUGGGCUGUAGCAAGCCCUUCAGCAACUCCCACAGUGUACAGCUCCAGUAUUCUCUGAAUAAUGGCAAGGACUGGCAUCUUGUCACUGAAGAGUGUGUUCCUCCAACCAUUGGCUGUCUGCACUACACGGAAAACAGAAGUAUUUACCAAUUUUUGACAGGAGAAAAAAUGAAGAUACUCCAUGCUCUCUGUGGAAAGCUACUGACCCUCGUUUCGACUAGGGAUUUUAUUGAAGAUUAUGUUGAUAUAUUACGACAGGCAAAGCAGGAGUUCCGGGAGUUAAAAGCAGAACAGCAUCGAAAAGAGAGGGAAGAAGCAGCUGCUAGAAUCCGUAAAAGGAAGGAAGAAAAACUUAAGGAGCAAGAACAAAAAAUGAAAGAGAAACAAGAAAAACUAAAAGAAGAUGAGCAAAGAAAUUCAACGGCAGACAUAUCUAUUGGGGAGGAAGAAAGGGAAGAUUUUGAUACUAGCACUGAGAGCAAAGACAUAGAGCAAAAGGAAUUAGAUCAACAUAUGGUCACUGAAGAUGAAGAUGACCCAGGAUCACAUAAAAGAGGCAGAAAGGGGAAAAGAGGACAAAAUGGAUUUAAAGAAUUUACAAGGCAAGAAGAGAUCAACUGUGUAACAAGAGAUCCUCUUACUGCUGAUGAGGAAGAAGCAUUAAAACAGGAACACCAACGAAAAGAGAAAGAGCUCUUAGAAAAAAUCCAAAGUGCCAUAGCCUGUACCAAUAUCUUUCCCUUGGGUCGUGACCGCAUGUAUAGACGAUACUGGAUUUUCCCUUCUAUUCCUGGACUCUUUAUUGAAGAAGAUUAUUCUGGUCUUACUGAAGACAUGCUGUUGCCUAGACCUUCAUCAUUUCAGAAUAAUGUACAGUCUCAAGAUCCUCAGGUAUCCACUGAAACUGGAGAGCCUUCGAUAUCUGAAUCUACCUCCAACAUUGACCAAGGUCCAUGUGACCAUUCUGUGCAGCUGCCAAAACCAGUGCAUAAGCCAAAUCGAUGGUGCUUUUACAGUUCCUGUGAACAGCUAGACCAGCUUAUUGAAGCUCUUAAUUCUAGAGGACAUAGAGAAAGUGCCUUAAAAGAAACUUUGUUACAAGAGAAAGGCAGAAUAUGUGCACAGCUAGCCCGUUUUUCUGAAGAGAAAUUUCAUUUUUCAGACAAACCGCAGCCCGAUAGCAAACCAACAUAUAGUCAGGGAAGAUCUUCCAGUACAUAUGAUCCAUCUCAGAUGUCUGCAGAAAAGCAACUUGAAUUGAGGCUGAGAGAUUUUCUUUUAGAUAUUGAAGAUAGAAUCUACCAAGGAACAUUAGGAGCAAUCAAGGUUACAGAUCGACAUAUCUGGAGAUCAGCAUUAGAAAGUGGACGGUAUGAGCUGUUAAGUGAGGAAAACAAGGAAAAUGGGAUAAUUAAAACUGUGAAUGAAGAUGUGGAAGAGAUGGAAAUUGAUGAACAAACAAAGGUCAUAGUAAAAGACAGACUUUUGGGAAUAAAAACAGAAACUCCAAGUACUGCAUCAACUAAUGCCAGUACUCCACAAUCAGUGAGCAGUGUGGUUCAUUAUCUGGCAAUGGCACUCUUUCAAAUAGAGCAGGGCAUUGAGCGGCGUUUUCUGAAAGCUCCACUUGAUGCCAGUGACAGUGGGCGUUCUAAUAAAACAGUUCUGGACCGUUGGAGAGAAUCUCUCCUUUCUUCUGCUAGUCUAUCCCAAGUUUUUCUUCACCUAUCCACCUUGGAUCGUAGUGUGAUGUGGUCCAAAUCUAUACUGAAUGCUCGUUGCAAGAUAUGUCGAAAGAAAGGCGAUGCUGAAAACAUGGUUCUUUGUGAUGGCUGUGAUAGGGGUCAUCAUACCUACUGUGUUCGACCAAAGCUCAAGACUGUGCCUGAAGGAGAUUGGUUUUGUCCAGAAUGUCGACCAAAGCAACGUUCUAGAAGACUCUCCUCUAGACAGAGACCAUCCUUGGAAAGUGAUGAAGAUGUGGAAGACAGUAUGGGAGGUGAGGAUGAUGAAGUUGAUGGUGAUGAAGAAGAGGGUCAAAGUGAGGAGGAAGAGUAUGAGAUGGAACACGAUGAAGAUGACUCUCAAGAAGAGGAAGAAGUCAGCCUACCCAAACGAGGAAGACCACAAGUUAGAUUGCCAGUUAAAACAAGAGGGAGACUUAGUUCUUCUUUCUCAAGUCGUGGCCAACAACAAGAACCUGGAAGAUACCCUUCAAGGAGUCAGCAGAAUACACCCAAAACAACUGUUUCUUCUAAAACUGGUAGAAGCCUAAGAAAGAUAAACUCUGCUCCUCCUACAGAAACGAAAUCUGUAAGAAUUGCCAGUCGUUCUACUCGCCACAGUCAUGGCCCACUGCAAGCAGAUGUAUUUGUGGAAUUACUUAGUCCUCGUAGAAAACGCAGAGGCAGGAGAAGUGCUAAUAAUACACCAGAAAAUAGCCCCAACUUCCCUAACUUCAGAGUCAUUGCCACAAAGUCAAGUGAACAAUCAAGAUCUUUAAAUGUUGCUUCAAAACUUUCUCUCCAAGAGAGUGAAUCCAAAAGAAGAUGCAGAAAAAGACAAUCUCCAGUUUUACAGGUCCCAGACUACUAUGAUAUCAUCAAAAAGCCCAUUGCCUUAAAUAUAAUUCGUGAAAAAGUGAAUAAAUGUGAAUAUAAAUUAGCAUCUGAGUUUAUUGAUGAUAUUGAGUUAAUGUUUUCGAACUGCUUUGAAUACAACCCUCGUAACACAAGUGAAGCAAAAGCUGGAACUAGGCUUCAAGCAUUUUUUCAUAUUCAAGCUCAAAAGCUUGGACUCCAUGUCACACCCAGUAAUGUGGACCAAGUUAGCACACCACCGGCUACGAAAAAGUCACGAAUCUAACUUUGUCCUUUGAAAGGAUGUAUAUGAGGAAAAACAAAUUGUUCAUGAAAAUGGAACAUUAAAUCAUUCUCUAAAGCAGACAUAUAUGUUAUAAAGCAAUAACAACUGAUUGACCACAUGAAAGUGUGGCCUGCACUAUAUUCUCAAUUUUAAUAUUAAGCACUCAGGAGAAUGUAGGAAAGAUGAUGUCCUUUGCUACAGUUUUGUUCAGUAUCUAAUAAGUUUAAUAGAUAUAUUGGAUACAGUACUGGUUUACAGAGGUUUUUGUACAUUUUUGAGAUCAUUCAUGUGUCCAGAGGUCUUGGAAAAUAUUUUUUCACCUAUGAUUUUUUUUGUUAUUGAUGAUUUUUUUUAAAGUUGUGGUAUUAAGGGAGAGUUAUCUACAUGGAUGAUUCUUCUACUAUAGGACAGUUUAGAAAAAUGUGUUUAUGUCUUGUUUAAUGAAGACAUUCUUUCAACACUACACAUGAAUGAAUCCAAUCUUAUAUCCUUGAAGUGCUGUACCAGUGCUAGCUGGAGGUAUUAAGUCUGAGUUUAUUAACUAGAUAUUUAUUUAGUAUUGAAAGUAAUUUGUGAAUUUUUUUUGUAUUUAUAAAAUUCAUACCUGAAAAAUGUUCUUUAAUGUUUUAAACUUUUUACUGUGUUUUUUUAUUUCUCUAACUUCCUUAAUGAACAAUCAAAAAAAGUAACACCCUCCCUUUUCCCUGACAGUCUUUCAAUUUUACAGAACUGUAUUAUAAGUUUCUAUAUACAGCUUUUUAACUGUACAAAUAAAAUAACAUUUUUUCAAGUAA